UUUCCUGUUUCCUGUUUCCCGUUUCCUUGUUGUUUUUUUCCGUUCAUGCCGUUUGUUCCUUGCCUAUAAUUGUCGUUUAUUUUGAAUGAUUUAUGUCAUUUAUUUGAAUAAACUGCACUUGGGUACAUGCCAUAACUCAGUCUGGGUGUAAGAUAUUGUUUCAGCGGAACGCCACGAUGAAGAAUACUCUGAAACUGGCUUUCCUACUUAUGAUUUUUGUUGUUAAUUUGUAUGAAGCUUUUUCCCAGGGUAUUAAAACUGACUUUGUGUUAGUAAACACACCACCAUAUACAUUCCUCGGUAAUGGCAGCAGCUGUGAGAGAGCUGAAUGGAGAAAGAGUUUCCCCACAGAUGCAACUAUUGCUACAUACCAAAACAAGAUCUGCCAGAUUGAAAAAGGUUUUCAUGAAGAAUACAUAUGUAAAGAAAACCACCUGCUUCUCAACUCACCUAAAUACACUGACAGUGGGCCCUAUGAGUUCUUCUGUAAUGGGGUUAAAAAAGCACUUAAACUGGAUGUUUUAUAUGCAGUAAAAGUGUAUAUGGCAGAGAUGCACAACAUCACCCUCGACUGUUAUGCAGCCAAUGUCAAUGAUGUGACGUGGCUGCAUAAAGAUGAAAUAGUUUUGCACUAUAAGAAAGAUGGAACCAUAAUCCCUGGCAAAGGCUACGAGAGAAGAGUAUCACUGGAGAAGAACUGCCUCAAAACCGGUAAUCUUUCUUUGACCAUCACUGAAGUUCGCAAGACAGAUGCCGGAUUAUACCUCUGCUUAACGGAUGACGAAACGACUAAGGGAUACCCACACACCUAUCUGUUACAUGUGAACGAGAAGCGCUCCAGUCCAGGAAACCAAACAGACUCCAACUCCAAUGAAGCACAAACUCUCAGUUUUUAUAAGACACUUGCCAUCGUUUUUGGCAUUUUCUCAUGCAUCCUUAUUUUAGUUGUUGUGAUACUUCUUUAUAAGCUGUAUUGUCUCACCUCCAAACCAAGCAAUGGUCAAUCCACACCAGCUACAGCCAGUUAUCAUGUGCAGAAGAGUGACGAUGGCACCAUCGACAAUGACAACACAACAUCACCCAAAAAUGAAAGUCAGUUAAUGGUCAAUCACCCUGUUCAGGAGAGCGACACCACAGGAAAUAAGUCUUCCACCACCAAGCCUUUUUAAUCUGCCAGAACGAGGCCUGUAAAGAUCUAGGCCUGUUUGACACUGCCUGCUCAAGCAAAACAGUAUUACUACAACACCAGGCUCAUGUUGAGGUUUCACAGCAUUUCUACUGCAAAAUGAACUGCAAAGUAAAGAGAUUUUGAUUAAUGGUUAGUGGGGCCUUUAAGAACUAUUACACAUUUGAUCGUCAUGAAAUUUAAUAUACAAGCGGGACCACAUAUACAUCUAAACGGUGUAGUUCACUCCAGCAUUUCAUGUUACUUUACUGUAAAAGACUGUUGAUUAAUAGUGUAUUUUUAUCACCCAAUAUGGACAGUGAAAUUAAUAUGGUACUUGACUUCUCCUUACAUCUUUUAGUCUUUUAUAGUAUAUUGGCAUUUUGGUAAUCUAGUUCAUUGUGCUGCCAUAAUUCUAUAUAUAUAUAUUUUUAUUUUUUUGACAGAAAGAAAUAGAUGUCUAAAAUGUCUAUUUAUUUCCCCCCUCACCUGUGACAAAUCAAAGCUUGUUUAAUGUUAAUUUGUGUGCUUUGGAAGGAAGACAAUCUUUGUAAUGUUUACAGUGCAUCAACUCUGUUGACUGUCUCAUCAAAACCUCAUACAGGAUGAGACUUGUGUAUCUCCAUUUUAAUGUAAAGUAGGAUUUUAUUGACUUGUAAACACCUGUUUACUGUGGCCUUUGCUAUUCCAUUUAUUUUCUGUUCUUUUUACUAAAUAUACUUUAAGAGCAUUAUUUUAAGUGUUGGUUUUAACUGUAUUUUACCAUUUAAUGUAUUUUUGUCCAGAGUGUUACUUUUAGAGCCAGUAUGUAUUAUUAUGUAAAAUUAGAAAAAAGUAGGUAAUUUGUAUGUAUUAGAACCAAUAUUCAGAGUAAUAAAAUGCACUGGUGAAUAAAAUAUAUAUUUAA